GCAAAUUGGGUGGGACUUUAGGUAGGUAUAAAGCCAACCUAACUGAACCAAAAUCUCUGUCAGCAAGUGGUGAAUGAUCUUCAGCCAAUGAUCACACAUGAGUAAACCACGUUAGGAAGUAUGAGUUCAAGGUCACAGCGAACUCGCCAUGCCUUUGGUGCGACAGCGCCACCCUUUAUUGACUACCUAAAGGAUAUCUUAAGACGAUAUCCAGAUGGAGGGCAGAUUUUGAAGGAACUGAUCCAGAAUGCAGAUGAUGCUGGAGCUUCCCAGGUGGUCUUCAUCCAUGACGAGAGAACAUACGGGACUCAGGAGGAUUUGGGGAUUAACCAAGGACCUGCACUGUAUGCCUUCAACAAUGCUGUCUUUACUGAGGAUGACUGGCAUGGCAUUCAAGCUACAGGCAGGAGUGUCAAGCGCGAUGACCCAAACAAAGUUGGGAGGUUUGGGAUUGGAUUCAACUCGAUUUACCACAUAACAGAUGUUCCAUGCAUAUUCAGUUCCGAGUGCUUGGGGUUACUGGAUCCCCAAGAGAAGAUACAUGAUCGAAGACCAGGCUUUCUGUGGUCCCUGGUUGAUAAGGAAGAUCAAGGCACAUUAAUGAAUGCGCAGUUCCAACCCUUUCAAGAUAUUGUCAAACUGCUCACCGGCAAGAGUUGGGAGAAUGUCAUUAUGGAAGAUCAAAACUUUAAUGGGACACUCUUCAGAUUCCCCCUUCGCAGUGAAGCUUCAGAGAUUUCCGAUAAUUUGUACAACACUGAUAAAGUUGUUCAGCUUUUUGACAGCUUCAUAGCUGAUGCUGACAUAAGUCCUCUGUUCCUGAGAAAUGUGUCCUCAUUGUCCUUGAUGCAUAUAGACAUGAAUGACUCCAUCAACAUCAGGCUGAAAGUGACCUCCUACAGCCCUUCAACAGGUCUGGGUUUGAUGUCUGGUGCAGAAUUAAAUUUUGAAAGUUCAACAUGCUUCAAAGUUAUAACUUCAAAAGACCAAGAGCAGACAAAGACAACGAGGUGGCUUGUGACAACAUGUUGUAUGAAAGAGGGAAAUGUAACAAAGUUGGACUUACUUGCAAAGAAGCUAUGUUUUCGGCCUCAGGUUGAUUUAGCAUUCCAGUGUGGUCAAGACAGUGUCCCAACUGAUGGUAGACUGAGCUGCUUUCUGCCUCUUCCAAAUAAUGAAUCCAACAAGACAGGUCUCCCAGUUUAUGUGAAUGCCUGCUUUGGCCUCACAGACAACAGAAGACACAUCAAGUGGCAAGAGGAAGACCAGAAGUAUGAUGAAGCUGCCAUGUGGAAUGAGCUAUUGAUAGAAGAAGUCCUCCCGUUAGCAUACCUAACUAUUAUCCAGGACGCCAUCAACUUAUCCAAGGGCUCAUUAUCUGAUCUUUCUGCCUUCUAUGUGUAUGGUCUUUGGCCAAAUGUCUCUCAGACUGGACAUAAAGAGAAGUGGCAUAAAGUUGCAGUGGAUGUCCUAAAACGGCUUUUUGGAGCAAACAUCCCAAUCUUGUCCCUUGCUGCAGAUGAAAUACAGUUUGUCUCUCCCUCAGAGGCUGUAUGCCCAUCCUAUAAUGCUAUGGCACCUGAAAUAAUGGCUGCUGUGACAAGGACUAUGAUCUUCUUUGGGGAGAAGCUUGUAACCUUUCCAGAGCACGUCUCAAGAGCGAUUCAAUUAGCUUUUCCAGACCCUGAUGGACUGAAAUGGGUGACUCCAGACUUUGUUCGAGAUGUUCUCCACAGAGAUGCAGAGUUAAACCUAUCCAAAGAGGACAAACUCUGUCUUCUGGAGUACAUCUUGAGUGAUGGGAAUUACCAUGACCUUUUGGGUCUUAAGUUGCUUCCUCUCAGUGAUGGAACUUUCAAAUCCUUCACAAACAAAAAAGACGACUUUGUGCUGAUAGACAACAACACUUUUCAAAGGGUGCUGCUGCCAGGAUACCAAACCAAAUUUAUUCCUCAAGAUCUGAGCCCCACCAGCGUUGAACAUCUAAGGAAACUAGCAACAAGAAAUUUAUUCACUGUAUGCAACCUGGAUGCAGCGUUAGUCGCUGAAUUGGCCAUUAGUAAUGUACCAAAGGAAUGGAAAGAGACAGAUGGGCAUGUUACCUGGGCACUAAGGAAUGCUCAGCAUCCACCCCUGAAGUGGCUCCAAGAGUUCUGGAAAUUUCUUGACUCUAAUUUUGACGAGCUACGGCACUUCAUUGGCAUGCCAUUAAUACCCAUUGAGUCCUUGCGGGAUGGAAGCCAUUCAAAACAACUUGCCAGACUACAACAAAAGCCAACUCUGCUUUUCAAGAAUAGUAAGCAAGACACCCUGUCAGACCAUGUUGCAGAAGUAAUAAGGAAGGUUGGGGGUACAGUUGUAAAUCGAGAUGAAUUUCUUCAGCACCAAGACCUUGAAUCGUAUGUGUUACCACCAAGCCCAAAGAGUACUUUGCAGGUGCUCAUGAACUUGGAUGCCCAAAAGGUCAUCAAGGGACUCCAGUCAGCUUCUCAUACUGAAAAGGAAGAACUAAAACACUAUCUCUCUUCACUUGGUAACCUCUCAGUCUCAGAACAAAAACUUGUCUCACAAUUGCCUCUCUUCCGCUCAAUGGCUGACGAUUAUGUUGCUGCACAAUCAAAGCAGGCUGCAGUGUUAAGUUCACUUCCAAAGAUCCCAUCUGAUCUUCCCAUGCCUGAUGCAGUUGUGCAGUGUGUCACAGAGGCUGAUCGCCGACUUCUAUGCUUGCUUAAAGUUGAUCUCUUAGAUUCAGCUCAAGUGUCCAUUUGUUUAGUUGAUAGCAUUAAGAUGAAUUACAGGAAACAAGAGACAGAGAGGAUAAUGACCUGGAUCUUACAAAAUGGCAGUUUCCUUUUCUCUCAGAAUGAGGACUUGUACAGGAGAUGUGCGGAUUUGAGCUUCAUUGAAAUAGAAAGAGGAGAGCGGAAGAAGGCAUCUGGCUUUUUCGAUCCAGGAAACAAAAAGUUUGAAAUCCUUUUUGAUGCAGAUUUUUUCCCACCACAAGUGUUCACACAGACUCCAGAGAUGAUCAAGAGCUUAAAGUGCCUUGGAUUGCUGGCCCAAGAAAGGGAUAUCACUCCUAGCAAUGUUUUGCAUGUUACCACUCAGAUUGAGAAAUUGCAUGUUCACUCACCACAAGAGGCUGGCAAAAAAUCAGAUACUCUCUUGAGACUGCUGAAUGAUAAUGAUCUGCUGUCUAAGUUCUCUGCAAAGCAGCUUCACCAACUCUCACAACUGCAAUGGAUCCCAUGUGCAAAUGCAGGCGCAAUGCUAGGCAACAGCAAGGGAAGCACAAAAACAAGUUUUUUUUUCAAGCCAGAAGAAGUAAGAGAUGCAAAGUAUGAAAACAUUGUGGGCAAUGUCAUGCCUCUCACAGGAGUCUUCAAAGAGACAGUGAGCAGGCAACUUGGACUUCUGUGCCUGCCUCCUGCUGAAAAGGUAUUGGACAAUUUGUCAAUUUGUGAUCCACAUGGUGUGCAAUUCAAGAUUACAUUGCAUAGCACUUACAAAUUCAUGCAAGACCACAUGUUAGACUUCAUAAAAGUCAUGUUGAGCUGUAAACCUUGGCUAUGGAUCCACAACCAAUUUGUAUUUCCCAGAGAUGUAGUUUUGACCUACCCACCUGAUCUGGAUCUGACCUCCUACAUAGGGAAAGUGCCAGAGGAGUUUCUCCCUUACAAGAGGUUGUUAACCAAAUUUGGAGUGAGGUCAUGCCUUUCAGAAAAGGAAAUAGGGGACAUCCUAACCAACAUCAAACAUUCCAUUGAUGAGAGGCAGCCACCUUUUGGAAACCCCUCCGAGCUGAAAUUGUCCAUAGCCAUUCUGAAAUGGAUGAAGAAGGUGAGUAGGGCUGUCAGUGACGAUACCCCUGUGCCAGUGAUGGAAGAGGGUCAAAGAUUUACCUUGAAACCACUGUCCAUGGCCUUGUUUUGUGAUGUGAGCAGGGAUGGUUUGGAUGAUCUAGAGAAGGACCAAGAGGAGUUCUAUGUCAUCCAUGAGGACAUUUCAAGAGAGACUGCGGAGUGGCUCAAGAUACCACUCCUUAGCACCCGGAUCCUCAGUCCAGAACACAUUGGGAUAGAACAGUGUGGGCAGUCAGAACCAAUAACACUGAGGAUUAAGAACAUUCUCAAAGAAUAUGAUGAGGACAACGACAUUUUCAAAGAGCUCAUCCAAAAUGCUGAAGAUGCUGGGGCGAAGACCUGUAAGUUUAUGGUGGAUUUCAGAAAACAUAAAGAUCCUCCUGAAAGUCUAAUAUCCCCUGGAAUGAGCCUUUGCAAUGGACCUUGUCUUUGGGCAUUCAAUGAUGAGCUCUUCACAGACAAUGAUUGGAGAAAUAUUACCAGAGUUGGAUCUGCAUCAAAGGAAAACCAGGUAGAAAAAAUAGGGAAAUUUGGACUUGGAUUCAAUACUGUGUAUCAUUUGACUGACAUUCCUUCCAUUCUCAGUGGUAAUAAGCUUUUGAUACUUGAUCCAAAUGUGACCCACCUGGAAAAGCACAUAAAAGGCGAUGCAAAUCCUGGAAUAAAACUUGACCUGUCUCGACAACAGGUUCUGUACAGAUUUUCUAAUCAAUUCAAACCCUACAAGCGCAUUUUCGAUUGUAAUCUGUCCAAGGAAAGCACUCAGACAUUUUACCCUGGGACUCUCAUCAAGUUACCUUUUCGAACACAAGAAGAAGCACUCAAAUCAGAGAUUUGCUCAAAUGUGUAUGACAGAAGUGACAUAAUCACAUUUCAACAGGACUUUACCAAUAACUCACAAACCCAUUUGCUCUUUCUGAAGAACAUAAACACCGUAUCUCUACAAAACCUUCCCAACAAUGCCUCAACUCCUCCUGAAGAUGGCCAGACAGAGACACUGUUCACAAUCUCCAAGAAAAUUGUGGAAGUGAUUCCAGUUGGCAACACUCAACAAGCAAAACAAAGUAAGGCUCUGGCAACCUUGAGGAAACAUGGUACAAAAUGCAAACAAGUCAUUAAUUACGAUAACGUCAACAUUGCUGAAAUAACUCAACAACAUUGUAGAGGAUCAGAUGUACAAUUCUGUCUUUUAUAUAACUGCUUUGGGACACAUCAAUCUUUACAAAUGGCCCAGAGAGAAAAUAAUCAGACCAAAUUCUCUUUGCCAAUUGCUGGUAUAGCUGUACCCUUAAGCCGCGAAAAACAAACUGGCAAAUGGGUGAAGUCUGAAACUAAACUUGUCGGCCAGGCCUUUUGCUUCCUUCCUCUUCCCAUUGACACAGGCCUCCCUGUGAAUGUGAAUGGAACAUUUGCUGUGACUUCUAAUCGCAAAGGUCUCUGGGAGAGUGGAGUGAAAAAUGAGUGGAACAGAGCUCUGCUCGAGGAUGCUGGUACCAUGGCAUACGUAAACGUACUCCAAGUGCUGAAGAACAUGGCACAAAGUGGAACAUUGCAAAGUUACGAUUACUACACAUUUUGGCCCAACGAAGAGAAAGUGAGCAAAGCCUUCAAACCAUUGGUGGAUGCCUUUUAUUCCGUCAUCGCACAACCACACCAUGGCGAAACUCUCGAGCUCCUAAGUGAUGGGAGAACAUGGUUCUCAAUGGAUAAGGCAAGAUUUUUACACACAGACAUUGAAGAAAAUAAAGUUGUUGGAAAACUUGCAACAGAGGUGUGUCAAGAGAAUUCCAAGGCACCGUCAUCCUGUCAUGUUGUUCCUCUACCAGGGUGGGUGAGACAAAGUUUCUUAAAAGCAGGCUUUGAUAAGAUUCUGCUGGAAAGAACUAUGAAUUGGGAAGAGUUUUACCAACAACUGGUGUUCAACAACUUGAGCACGAUGGAUCCAAAGAGUAGGGAUGCUCUUGUUCUGCACGCAAUUGAUCUGAAUAACUGUGUAGUUGACAAUCUACUAAGGAGCUAUCCAUGCAUCCCUACACAGACAGAUGGACAACUACAGUUCAUCCAAAAACUUGUGAACCCAUCAGGGAAAGUGGGCAGUUUGUUUGAACCAGAGGAGGGGCGUUUUCUUGGUGGCACCAAAAAUGACUAUUGUUCUCCCAAACGAAUUCAGCGUUUAUUAGAACUGGGGAUGCUGAGUGACAGUCUUCCUUUGAAGGAGAUCACAGAAAGAGUGAGGAUCACUACUGGUAUUUGGCACAAAAACCAGGAGAAGGCAUACAAGCACCUUCAGUGUAUCCUGGAGUUGAUGAGGAUACACUGCAACAUGCAAGAUGAAAAAGAUUCACCAUUCUGGGACACAUUGAGGAACACAGCAUUCAUUCCAGCAUUUCAUCCAGUAAAUACCAAUGAAGAAAGUGACAUAAUGGUGACACUCCAGAAGCCCAUGGAUGUUUACACUGACAAGUGUCGCCAUCUAGUCAACCUGACAAAAUGUGUUGUUGACCAUUCACUUCUUAAAAUACACAGCGAUGAUGUAGUCCUCCAGAAGUUGAGAAUUUGCGUAAGUCCACCACUUAACAUUGUACUUCAACAACUAAAUAAAGCAACCUGUGUACCACCAAAUUUUGAUAAAAAAAGUGCUCUUCAAUAUAGCUCAUGAGUGCUACAAAUUUCUGAAUCAGUGGCUGUGCGACAAUCAGAGGGACAGCCCACUAAUUUCUCAACUGGCACACUCUUUCCCCUUUAUUCUAGCCGAAGACAAGUUUGUACAUGUGACAUCUGUAGCAGAAUGUGGAGAAUUUGAUG